UGCUGCCCCGGCCGCGACCCCGCCUGCCUGAGCGCCGGCCGGCGGCCCGACGGCUCCACAGGGCCCUGCUACUGCGACCAGGAGUGCGCUCGCACCCUCGACUGCUGCCACGACUACGCCCAGGCCUGCCCAGUCAUCCCCUGUGUUGUAUCUCAGUGGAGUGCCUGGAGUGGCUGUGCAGAGCCUUGCAAGACGACUUACCGUGUCAGGACGAGGCACAUCAUCCAGGAGCCCAGGAACGGGGCAGAAGCAUGCCCUGCUCUGGAGGAGAGGGCUGGCUGUGUAGAGUACUGGACUCGGCAAGGAACAGAGUGCCAACAGUCCCUGAUCCCGGCAUUAAUAACUAAGGGAGGGUUUGGAAAAGCGAGGAAGAAAAGAGCUGCAGCUGAUGGGAGUGAAAGGGCAGGGUACUGCGUGGAGUUCCAGCUCGUGGCGCUGACGCCAGGCUGCCUGCACAGGCAGCACUCUCACAGCGGCUGGAGCCGCUACCUCAAGGAGGGCCACAGAGUGUGUGUGGAGUGCCAGCACCCAGCCCUGCAGCCCCCGAGGCAGCGCUGCUACGGGGAUGGCGCUGGCAGCCAGCAGAAUCAGUUGUUGCACUGGCAGGCGGUGGGGAACCAUCGAUGCAAGGGAACCUGGAGGAGAAUUCGCCAGCUGGACACUUGUUCCUGCCCUUCUGUUCACAGCUUCUUGUUCAUCUGACUUGGCAGUCCCAGCAAGCCCCAGUGUGCAGCAGCAGCAGCAGGGGUCAAAGCAAGGGGUCCCAGCCAAAGCAAGGACUUCUCCAUGUCAUGUCAGAGGCUUUGCUUUCACUGCCUUCCAGAGGUUGCUGACUGUACAGGGGUACCUGGAAUCCCCUCUGUGUGUGUGUUCUCCUUGAUUUCUAAGGAAAUCAUGCUGGCUAGGAAGUGCUUUCUUUUUUCCUUGAGAGAAUCUUGUCUGACCUUGAUGACUUCUUGAAAUUCCUCCUUUCUGGAAAGGAAUGAGAAUUUACCAAAUAACAAAUCAAACAAAAAAGGCCGUAAGAAGUAAGAUUUAAUUACUUCUUUAAAGUCUCAGUGAAGAAGAAGCAAUGCAAAAUAAAUUAAUGCAUGUGCCUUCUUUUUGUGGCAACAGCACUUUGUGGAUAUUCCUGCUUGUGCAUCUAUUCCCUCUAUUUUCAUCCUCCCUGGUCUCAUAAUUUCAUUUGUCCCUCAGUCUUACAGAGGGUUGAUCUUGUGCUGCUGAGGUAAUGAUAGAACUUAGAAAUGUGCUUGUCAAAUCUGUGAGAAUAGGGACAAGCUGGCCCUUGGACUUCAGCCUCAAGGAACAUCUCUGAGUUGGCCCAAAAUGCAAUGCAAGUCCUGGGGCUCUAAAUAGGAAGUCAGCUCAGCUAUGCCAGGUGGACUACACCCUUGUGUUUUUUACUGGGAAUGUUUUGAAAUAUUUUCCUUAUAUUCUGCUUACUAGUAUUCAUACUAUUCUAUAAAUGAAAAUAAAGGAGACUGGAGAUAUGUCUAUCUGUUUGAUUAAUCUGGGUGGUGCUAUAGCUUCUUAACCUGAUUUGCUCCAGACAGGAACUCACUGCAGGGUGAGAUCACAUUCAUUCCAUUUGUCACACCCAGGUGAGUGGCUGGGGCUGGCUCCAGCAGAGAGUUUUAAUGCUCAGCUCCAUCUCCUGUCUGGAAUUGGAUCACAAGCCCCUCUAUUGACCAUGCUGAAGGUCUUGCAGGGAGACAUCAAGUGGCACUGUGGAUUGGUGCUGCAGAUGCUGAGGUGUGUGUGGGGCCAUGAGCACCUGCUGCCUUUGGCCGGGGCAGUCGGGAUUUGAGAGCAAGGCUAUGCUUCUCAUUAUGUGUUACAAGCUAAUUAUGUGAGUUAAAGACACACAGGGGUUGAUAUCAUCCCAGAGGAGGAAGAUUUUAAGGAAAAAACAAAAGGUCUUGUACUUCACUGUGUAACAUAACCUGUCACUAGCUUGUGGCCUGCUCAGGAGCCUUGCUGGUGUGUGAGUGCAGGGGUGUGAUCCCCAGAGAUGGGUUGGGAAUAAAUCACUGGAGCACUUCAUUAUGGUUUCUGCAGUGAGGAUCUCUGUCAAGCUAAAAGCCAAUUUCGUUUCUUGGUGGUCUGUAGUGAGAGUCACAUUUUGUCACUGGAAAGUGUUCUUCUGGAGAAGCCCCUUAAUUGAGCUACCAGCUUCUAAAGAGGCAGGUGGUUAAUUCAGGAGCAGAAUGAAAGCAGCUGUUGGGAAAGCUGUCAUUUUCAAAAUCUACCCAAACUUGAUCAUGGGAAACCCUGCUUUUACCACAUUCUUUCAGAACUGAGUACUGAAACUAUGAAGGAUGCAGGUUUUGUGUAGUAGUUUUUAAAAAUUUUAAGUCUUCCACUUGGGUUUUCUUUGCUGCUGCCUCAUCCCUGAGAGCUGAUAACGUAAGGUCUUACCAAGAGCUACUAUUGGUGGCAUGUAGGACUGCCAGGCCUUUUCUUCUGUCACUGUAGCCUGGAGAUGCAGGAGUAUGAAAGAUUCAGCCCCCAAGGGGCCCUCACAGAAGCUGCGUUUCUGCACAGGCUGUCACUUGAUGACACAAGACAUUGCAACUGUUUCUGCAUCAGCACAUCCUAAAAAGGGCUGAGCAGUGUGCUGGCUUCACCUCCAUGCCUUGUGCGACUGUACAAACAGAUCCUGUUGGUAAAUUCCUGGGGGAAGUAUGUGUGUGAGGGAGCAAGAGUGAGCCUUUUGAGUACAAGAAGGUAGUGAAGUUGUCAGAUCACUUUCCCUGCAAAUGAAAAUCAUAUCAUGGUGUUGACACAUCCUGUUUCCUUUUAGGAAUUUUAUCACCAUUCAUCAUUAUGCUCUCCAUAAUUUCUAUUACCUGAGUUUUGGAAAAAGUGAAACUCUUGGAAAGCCAAGGUAGAAUACUCCUGAAAGUGGCUUUGUACUGUAAACAAGCAAGGCAGGCUCGCACGGAGGAAAGGCAGUUCUCCGAGGAUGGCAGCUGUUCCCAUGACAACGCUGAAAACCUUUCAGCACUGGUUAUCAACAGGAGAACAUCCCCCCAGCAAAGCCAGGAGCUGAGUCCCCAUCCUCUGUAAAUCAUCCUGCUGGGCUCUGAUAAUGCAGCACAGGCAGCUCCACCUGCCAGGCACCCGCCUGAAAGAAGAGAAAAUAAAGCCAAAGCACCAGUGAGUCGGAUUUAUGCAAAAGCAAAAUUAAGCUCAACUGAUGUUUCUACAGUUCCUCCUGCUCUCCAGCUGAGGAUCUCAACUUUUAAUGAUGAAAAGUCAAGCAAAAAAAUCCAGAUCCUUUUCCAACCCGCUGAAGAGCCCAAGUCGAGAGUCUCACAUGGUUUGUGUUUGUGUCAGGGCUGCAGCUGGACAAGUCUGAACCUUAGCAAAGCUUUUCAGACUGAUUUUCUGGAAGCUGUAAGGAAAAAAAAGGAAUGUAAAAGAAAUUAUUUUUGUUUGAAAAUCAGUUGAAAUUUGAAAUUUCCAGGUAGGCUGGAAAUUCAUUGUUUCCAGGAGUCCCAGCUCUUUGUUCCCUGAUCUCUUGGCAUCACAAACCAGGUGUACCAAUCCUGAAGGAAUCUCAGCUGAGAAAUCCCAAGUAUGGGUGAUGUUUGUAGCUACAGGAAUGUGCAUCUUACCUGUGGUGUGUGGGGCAAGAGGGGCACAGGGCUGGGCUAGCAUCCCAAGAGCUUCUGACUCACUCACUGCUUGCUCCUAGUCUCAAGCUUAAUCUUGGUCAACUUCUCACCCUUCCUCCUGCUUUUUCUGCUCUGUGCUCUGCUGGCACCAGUCCAUGGGGCUGUGGAUAUCACAGUACAGGUACAUGUACCUGUGUGUCAUCACUGGUUGUGUAAGCUGCCCUGUGACCCCAUGACAGCCUGCACAUGGGGAGGCCUUUAAAUCUCUCCUGCUUACAGUGGCUGUUCUCCAGCACCCUGGUCUGUAGGGUACAAGAAUCCUGGAUUAAUGGCAAUAUUUUUAUAUUGCCUUAAAUAAACUUCCAUUCUUGA